AUGUUUAUAAUUAAUCUCUUCCUACUAAUUAUCCCUAUUUUACUCGCUAUAGCUUUCCUUACAUUAGCUGAACGAAAAAUUUUAGGCUACAUACAACUUCGAAAGGGCCCUAAUGUAGUAGGUCCUCACGGUAUAAUUCAACCCUUUGCUGACGCAAUAAAACUAUUUAUUAAAGAACCACUACGACCCCUAACCUCUUCCUCAUCACUCUAUACUAUUGCACCAACACUAGCUCUAACCAUCGCACUUGUAAUAUGAAUCCCACUACCACUCCCAUAUCCAUUAAUCAAUAUAAACAUAGGACUUUUAUUUAUUCUAGCCACCUCCAGCUUAGCCGUAUACUCAAUUCUAUGAUCAGGCUGAGCCUCCAACUCAAAAUACGCUUUAAUCGGAGCCUUACGAGCAGUAGCACAAACAAUUUCAUACGAAGUCACACUAGCUAUCAUUCUUUUAUCCUUACUUUUAAUAAACGGAUCAUUUACCCUAUCUACCCUUAUUACAACCCAAGAAUAUCUCUGACUCAUUAUUCCAUCAUGACCUUUAGCUAUAAUAUGAUUCAUUUCUACCCUAGCAGAAACAAACCGAGCCCCAUUCGACCUAACAGAAGGUGAAUCCGAACUUGUCUCAGGAUUUAAUGUAGAAUAUGCCGCAGGCCCAUUCGCCCUCUUCUUUAUAGCAGAAUAUACGAACAUUAUUAUAAUAAAUGCUCUAACUACCACCCUAUUCCUAGGAGCAUUAUACAACCUUCACAUACCAGAAACAUACACAACAAGCUUCGCCAUCAAAACCUUACUCCUAACUAUUUUAUUUUUAUGAGUACGAGCAUCCUACCCACGAUUCCGAUAUGACCAACUCAUACAUCUACUAUGAAAAAACUUUCUUCCCUUAACACUAGCACUAUGUAUAUGGUACGUAUCACUACCUGUUCUAGCAUCAUGUAUUCCCCCUCAAGCAU